CACGCUUCGGUCACUCAUCCACUCCCACCGCAGCCAUCCAACGAAAAACCCUAAAAACCCCUCUCUCUCCCCUUCGCUUCCAUCCAUGGCGGACCACCCUUCGUCUUCCCCUACGGCGGCCACGUCUCCGCCGCCGCGCAAGAGGCCGCGGGACGCCUCGCCGUCGGAGGAGGAGGAGGGCGGCCUCCCCGGCGGGCCGCCGUCGCCGUCGCCGUCGCCGGCGGGGUACAUCUUCAUGUGCAGCGGGGCGACGAAGCCGGAGUGCUACGCGCGCGGGGUGAUGGGCCAGCCGCGGGGGAGGCUGCCCGCCGUCUCCCGGAUCAGGCGGGGCGCCGCGCUCUUCCUCUACGACUUCGACUCCAGGCACCUCCACGGGCCCUACCGCGCCGCCUCCGACGGCGGCCUCGACCUCGCCCCCGCCGCCUUCGGUGGCCGCUUCCCCGCCCAGGUCAAAUUUACAAUUGAUGGUGAUUUCAUGCCUAUCCCAGAAAGUAGCCUAAGAAGUGCUAUAAAAGAGAACUAUUCCAAUGGGAAGUUCAGCUCAGAACUUACCCUUGCACAGGUUGAAAAUCUGAGAACAUUGUUUCGCCCAAUUAUUGUGCAACCAGAACCUGGACUCCCAAAUAAUUUUGAUGAUAGGCAACCUGCUCGUCCUGCUGAGUACCUACCUCCUUCCACUUCUCAUCCAACGCAGCCAGCCGCUUAUUGCUCCAUGUCCCCUACUGCACCUUCUCUGGUGUGUGACAAACCACAUUCUGCGGCAGAGAAUGAUGAGAAUGGUUGCUCCAGUGGGUCCUCCAUGUCAUCGCCUGCUGGGUACAUCUUCAUGUGCAAUGGCGUGACGAAAGCUGAGUGCUACAGGCACCGGGUGAUGGGCUUGCCACUGGGGAGUCUAGACGUGGUGUCCCGGAUCAGGCGUGGCACAGCGCUCUUUCUCUAUGACUUCGAUGCCAAGCACCUCUAUGGGCCCUACCAUGCCGAUUCCAAUGGUGGCCUCACACUCGUCCCGGAUGCCUUCCGGGGCCGCUUUCCUGCCCAGGUUAAAUUUACAGUUGAUGGUGAUUUCAUGCCUAUCCCAGAGAGUAGCCUAAGAACUGCUAUAAAAGAGAAUUAUUCCAAUGGGAAGUUCAGCCCAGAACUUACCCUUGUGCAGGUUGAGAAACUGAGAGCAUUGUUUCGUCCAAUUAUUGUAAUGCCAGAAUCUGCACUCUUCCAUAAUGACAGUGACAGGCAUCCUGUUCCUCCUGCUGUUUACCUACCUCCUGCUUCUCAUCCAUCACAGCCAGCUGCUUAUGUGCAUCAGCAGCACCAAACUUCUUAUAUUCCUCCUUUGACUGCUCAUCCGAUGCCACCUGAAUCUUAUGCACAUUCAUAUGCUCAGAUGCCUCCUCCAAACAUGCAGUUCACUACACCUCCUUACCAUAUGUCAACAGCUGAGUAUCCAUAUCAAGCAGCGCACACAGCAUAUAGUUCAUUGCCCUCAGCCAACAAUAUCUCUAUGGCCAACAAUCUCUAUGGCCAACAAUCUCUUUCUGAUCAUGUUUCGGCUACUGGCUACUAUACUGCCCCAUAUUAUGCCGCCCACCAAAUUGGCAUGCACCCAGUUGAUCCUCCAAGAUCACACUACUUAGGAACUACAUCUGAGAGAAUUACCUACGGUACAGAGCAUGAGGCGGCCACGACAAACUUGCAACCUAUUAGCCAUUAUGGGUCCAUUCCAAGUGGUGCAACCGCAGCACCUGAGGCAGCUGCGACAAACUCAGAACUAGUUUGUAAUUCUGGGGCUACUCCAAGUGCUUCAGCAACUGGGGCAGCUAUGACAAACUUACAACUCGUUAGGAAUUAUGGGUCUAUGCCAAGCAGUGUGAUUGGAGCUGCGGCACAUUCAUCUGAGGGGAGCCAAUUCGAGCAGGCAGCCACUUACAUCACUCAUGCACCUGGAACCUACUACUGUUAUGGAGCUUCCUCGGCGAUCUACUCCUACCCAGGGAACACAGCAUCCUGUGAUGGAAACAAUGUGGCUGCUGCUCCGUCAGUAUAUGCUGUCGCAGCACCACCAGCAUACCAGUGAUUACUCCAUGGCCAACUGAUGUUUCUGCUAACAAUGUUAUUCUCAGACCAAGUGCUGCUGCUUCUUCAUCCUCCUGAGCUUCACAUAUGCCACCGGAUGCACUAGCGAUCCCGUAUCAUCGAUGGUGGCCAUAACCUCCCCAUAUAAUUUUAUCAUGUAAUUUUUGUGCAUAAGGUAUUAGAGUGAUUCGUCUCCUACAUGUAGCUUGGCUAGAUUGGUGGCAUCCUAUGUAGCUGCAUGUGUGAGCCAAGAUUAUAUGUAAAUACUCCUUGUUUAUAUUAUAAGUUGCUUUGACUUAUUUAAGUCAAACUUCUUGAUA